AUGGCGCCAGAUCCAUCUGUGCCUUUUGAAAUAAAGUACGCCAAUGCAUCUGACCUGAGUGCACUCGUGAGCAUUGAAAUUCGCUCUUUUCCCUCGUCCAAUUAUAUGCGCAGCACAUACAAGGGAUGUGAUCCAUUCGCAGUUCACAUAUUCAAAACAGUCUCUUCCCUCGAGUAUUUCGCCAAAUCCGAGUGCCAUAUUCUAGCGGGUGUCGACUCUGAAGCCGGUGAUAUUAUCGCAUACAGCCGCUGGAAUAUACCAGCUAUUUACGAGUUCGAAAGAGCCGUGGACACAAGUCUGAGCAACGAUGCGCAAGCGCAAAUGCAGAAUAUGUGGGCGUAUGCCCCAAAGUUGAACAAGGGUACCUACACGUUCUACGAGGAAAUGAUAAAGCGUAGUAGGAACAUACAUCUCAAGGAAACUGAUAUUGUCCUUGAACUACUAUGCGUCUUACCAGAGUACCAAAGAAUUGGAAUAGGAAGUGCGUUUCUCAAAUGGGGUAUCCAGAAAGCAGACGCCAGUAACGCCCGGAUAUAUCUGGAAGCUACGAUGGAAGGAGUGCCAGCGUAUUUGAAGCACGGGUGGAAGAUCGUUGAGGAAAUACAGCUGGAUUACACGGAGCGUGGUGGAGAGGGAAGUCAGAAGUUCGCAUUGAUGAUCAGAGAGCCCCAGGAAACAGGGGUUUGA